AUGAAGGACCAGUCCGAGGCGGCCGUCCAGAACCAGGACUCGCCACCGGAGUUGCCGGCACCGUCCGAGGAGAAAGCUGGAUGCGCGUCUCCUACUCGCGCAAGCAAAGCGAGCUGCGUUGUUCAGGCUCAAUCGGACGUUGAGCAGCUAUCUGCACCAUUGAGCGGAGUAACAGCCGCCAUGGUGACAGACUCUGCCCGAAGCAGAGGUGCUACAGCUCCGAUCAUAGAUGACGACCGUAUCAACUUUGAUACUUCAUGCACUAGUGAAUCUCGUACAUUACAGGGGAAUGUCCAUGCUGUGACUGAAUCAACAUCUACACUGCCCGUGACUACAUCAGUUUCAGAGUUAAUAGGAUCUAUAGCACAACAAGCAGCUAAGGAAGUUGAUAAAGCGGGGCAAACUUUGAUUGUUCCUGAGGUUGGAAUGGUUUUGAUUAGGAAGAUAAAGCUUAUGAGGCCCGUUUGUAGCAACCAAGGAUACCGGGAUAAUGAGUUAUCAAAGAAGGACAUUACAAGCACGGGAUGUGAUGCUCGUGUUCAAUUUAGUGUUAGUAGAGAAGGGAUUUGGACAGUUCAAAAGGUUAUUCUUGAUCACAAUCAUUAUCUUGCUAGUCCAAAUAAAUGCCAGAAGCUGAAGUCCCAGCGGCGUAUUACAGAAGCAGACAGAAAGUUGAUUGGGCAUAUAAGGGAAGCAGGGAUGAAGCUAGGCCAGGUGUAUGAGUUUAUGAAGAAGUUCUACGGAGGACCAGACAAAGUGCCAUUCUCAAGGAUGGAUUGCAAUAAUGAGAUUGGUCGCGAGCGCAAGAAAUGUGUUUAUGAGGAUAGAUCAGAAGUUCUAUUUAUCCAGAAGUGGCAAGAAUUAUUGAUAGAGUAUAACCUCAAGGAGAACCAAUGGAUGGAAAACUUGUUUCGUGUGAGGAAAAAGUGGGCUGCUGUCUACCGUGCCUCUUUUACAGCUGAUAUGAACUCGACUCAAAGGAGCGAAGGCACACCCCUUCAACUAUCGUCGAGCGAGAUACCCGCGACAGACGAAGGAACACCAGAAACGAAAAUAAACAAGAUGAUUCGCCAGCAGAUGAUCCUUCGCAAUGACUUGAUUCAAAAGGUGACAACACAGGCAUCAGGUGAUGAACCUGAGAACAGAAUGUUGCAAGUUAGUAUUAUACUAAAGAAGUAA